CCCUCUCUGCGCCUGCUGCUGUCAUCAUGCAGGUGGAAUCUGCGCACUUCGGUUCGGGAUAAAGAUUUCCUGAAGAGACCCAAACGCGUCAGCGUCACAGGACCAGAGGGACCAGACACCAAACCGCUGGAAAUAAACAACCAUAUUUAUAUAUUUUUUUAAUUGUCAGCAAGCUUUCACACAGAAUAAUGGCAGAGUUCUAAGGCGAUAUCGAUCCGGGGGGAAUAAUGCUGUGCGCGUUACAAAGUGUCUUCUCUCGUGGCGCAGUCCAGCUCAGCACGAGCCGCAUUAUAAAAAGAUGCCAAAGCGCCCCCCAGGAAGCGACCCUCGCAGUUUGACAGGUCUCACGUGCUGUUUUCUGAUCUCCUCGGUUUGAUCACAAGGCGAAGAUGAAUGAGGGCACGACCAGCGAGACCAUCCCAGACCUGAAAGAUCUGGAGGUGAAGAUCGGCCGGAAGACUCCAGAGGGUUUGCUCAGGUGGAUGCGAGAAGACGCGUCCUCUCUGCGGGGGGACGCCAAGCUGUCCACCCCCCACGACACCGGCAAGGACACGGGGAGGAAGAGUCUGGAUGAAAAGAUUAGGAAACUGAAGGUGGAGAUGGCUCAUUUGCGUUCAGUGGACGUGAAGAUCUUGCAGCAGUUACUGGCAGUCCAUGAGGGCAUCGAGGCAGUGAAAUGGCUGAUGGAGGAGCGCAGCACACUCACCAGCCACUGCAGCAGCCUGACCAGCAGUCAGUACAGCCUGGGCGAGGGCCCCGACACCUCUUGGAGAGGUUCCUGGAGCAGCUUGCAGGAUCCCACUAAUGACAAACUGGAUAACAUCUCCGUUGGCAGCUACCUGGAUACCCUGGCUGAUGACUUGGACGAGUACUGCCCCUCAAGCUCAGAGUCAGUCAUCUGCUCCACCACACCACUAGCCUCAGAAGUGACAGCUGGGGGCAAUAUGGGAGGAUCCAGGGUCAUAGUGUCUGGAACAGGACCUGGAGUGGGGGUUCAGUCUGGUAAUGAAACUGGGAGUGGGACUCAGUGUGGGACAAAUGACAAUGGAACUGGGGAUGGCGUUCAGACAGAGAUUAGAGGUGGCCCUGAGAAUGGAGUUAGUGGUGUUCUCACUGGUGCUGCUAUUAGCAGAGCUGGAAAACAAGUUUCUUCUGUCAUUUCUUCCCAAGUAAAGUCUGACGGCUCCAAGUCAGAUGCUCCAGUUUGGACCAAGCCUGCAGACACGAAUAAAGGAAGUCCUGUUUUAAAGGACAAUACCCAGACACCAAUAAGAAGGGCAAACGGUGUCCGAGAGAAACCAACAACAGGCAGUCCAACUCACAGAGGCCUCGCUGAGAAAAUGGAUAAGUGUCAAAGCCCCAAAGUCAAACCUUACAAAAAUGGAAAGAUUGACUUGGAUUCAUGCAAAUUGAACGGCAAAGUGCAUCUGGAGUACGACGCUCACUGGCACUGGGUGCAGUCGCAAGAAGAUGUGACUUUUUUGUAAAAAAAAAAUCAGUUCUGAAGUUCAGAAGUGAAGUAUUAUAUGAAAUGCACAUAGUG